AUGCCGAAGGUUGACGCUCCUAUUAUCUGUGAAGGGAAGCUGACGUUCUCAGACUCGGUUAAGUAUCUGGGAGUCAUAUUAGAUAGCAGACUGAGCUGGGCAAAGAACGUGGAGACCCAAUGCAGAAAAUUCGUCAUGACUUUCUGGAUGUGUAGGAGAGCUUUUGGGUUGAGGCUCCUUCAUGCGGCUGUGGUCUGGUGGCCACAGGCAGAACUCAAAACGAUGCUGGACAGGCUGCGACGAUGGCAAACGCUAGCGUUUAGGGGUCUAACAGGAGCAAUGAGGACUAUUCCUACAGCAGCAAUAGGCUUCAUGCUCUGCGAAGAACCUCUUCACCUUGCGAUAACUGCAAAAGCGGCACACGCGAUGGGCUGCCUGUGCGAGGAGGAGGGAAGUGGUAGUCCCGCUUGGGAGACGUGCUACUGUCUUUCAGGCGGAGGUUCUUGCCGUUCUUCGAAGUGCAGAGAUGUAUUAGAGGAAAACGCGGCUGCAAGACAGAUUACUAUCUGUUCAGACAGCAAAGCGACACUAACUGCAGUGGGAAACCCAGAUAUAACAUCUGAACUGGUUUGGGAAUGCAAAAAGGCAUUAAACCGAGUUGCAGAAAAGAAUGAAGUGGCUCUCAUAUGGGUCCCUGGUCAUACAGGGAUCAAGGGCAACGAGAAAGCGGACCAGCUGGCAAGAAGCGGUGCGACAGGCUGGGGUCGCCGACAGGCGAAGUCUCUCCUGGGCUAUACGUGCAGAAUGGACAGAGCCAGGGAAAUCUUGGGCUUGCCAAAGAAAGACGUAAGGACAGUGAUUCAGAUGCUCACUGGGCACAACCACUUAAACUAUCAUAUGCAAAAAAUGGGGUAUAACUCCACUACUGAGUGCAGGAGAUGUGGCAGGGAUGAUGAAACAUCCUUGCACGAAAUAUACAAGUGCCCAGCGUUGGCAAGGCUCAGGCAUCAAACCCUUGGGUCCUAUUUUAUGGAACCUGAGGAAGCUACAAUGUUAUCGGUGUCUGACUUGCUGGGCUUCUUUAAGAGGUCUGGGGUAAACUACUGA